CACGCUCCGCUCCAUUCGGUUCGAUUCCAACACACUGCUACAAUGGCAUCCCAAGCCAGCACAACAAACAAAGAUGGCGAGAUCAUCGACGGGGACGGGGACAACGGCAUCCUCCUGCAGCAAACGCUAAUGAGCCACGACGAGUGCUUCGUCUACAAGGUCCCUCCGCUGGCGGUAGCCAGCGGUGGAUACAAGGCGAACGAUUGGAACCUAGCAAAUCCGUUGCAAACGUGUGGCUUUCGGGUGGAACGCCGGAACAACCAACUGUUUUUGUUGUUCACCCUAGAGAACCACACGAAACUCUUUUGCUUGUGCAAAAUCKAGGGGAACGACGCUCGUUUGUCGAUCGAACCCGUGACGGACUCGUCGAGGUACUUUGUCUGCAAGAUCGUAAGCAACAGCAACAACAGCGCGCAAAAACAACCCCGCACUAUGACCCUCGGGUUCGGGUUCCGGGAGCGAGACAUCGCUCUGGACCUCCUGGGGAGCCUCCAGCAAUUCAAGCAAUCCAUCGAGAGGGAACUGAAGGCCAAGGAACUUGCUUCCAAGACGAAGGCCAUCAAGGUUCUGAAGGACGGAGAGAAGAUGCACAUUAGCAUUCCUGGCAAGACCUCGUCCGGUGGGAGGAAGAGCAAGAGUAGCAGCAGCGGUGGUGGUGGUAACAGAAACGGGGGCGGGCCCUUUUUGCUCAGGAAMCCMCCCCCGGGCGCCGAACAAGCCACGGCAUCGGCGCAACCUCCCCGGCCGCAGGCCGCACCUCUCGGUGGCACUCCCCGAAACGACGAAUACAACAACCGGCGAUUCAGCAUGACCGACAUGGAGUGUCCGCUCAAGGAAAUGACCAUUUCCACGGAUAACGACGACGGGGACAACAAUUCCGAGGUUGCCGUCGGGAAUCGUAGCACGGCUGGCGACUUGGACUACUACAGCACCGACGACGACGGAGAGGCAAACGAUCGAGGAGAGGGUGCGGAAGGACCCGGAACYGAGGGCGCCAAGAGCAAGAUUGAGGACGGGGACGACGGCUUUCAAGAAUCGGUGGGUGCGGUGGGCGGUGGAGCCAGCACCGUUGAUGACACCGACGACGACGAUGAUGUCGGACACGAACACGAAAACGACGACGACAGCUUUCAGUUCAGUGAUUUGAACCUCGACGAUCUCGACGACGACGACGACGACAACGAUGGCAGUGGCAAGGGCGCCACAGAAAAUAGGAACAACAACCCGAAUGAUGACGACGACGACGACGACGACGACGACGAUUUUGGUGAUUUCCAAGGAGCAUAGAAUAGCGCGGCGCAGUGCAAUGCGACCAACAAACAAGUACGACGCAAUGUAUUUGUUGUGUUGUGUCGUGUUGUGUCGUGUGGUGCCGCGCUGCCGUAGGCUACAAAAAUCGACUGCAGCAAUACCAGUCUGGCGCUGUCGUUGAAUCUACGGCGUUUGCAACGAGCAGUUUCCAGAACCCAAUCACCAAACUAUAACAACUAAAGCAUUGAUGAGAUUUCGUUGGUUCACAGAGUGGCGGAUAGUACGUACUUGAUUGCACGGGCUGCUUUUGAAUGGAUGCAAUUUGUCUCUAACGAAAUGACGAAYACUAGUAUUGCCACAGAAAAAAGUAGCUUGCAAUAAUUUUUGAAUUGAAUG